AUGGAUCCGAUUGCCAAGCCAAACGAAGGUCCCUAUGACGCGAGAUAUUUACUUCACAUCGUCGCGAUAGGGCAUCGAUACGCAUCCCAAUCCAGCCGACUCCUUCAUCAGCUAUUCCCCGCUUCUCUACACACCCGUUUAUACCAGUUCAGAAUGCCGUUCUUCCACCACGAGGGCGAAGAGGCUAGGGCGCACGCGCAGGUUACGGGCAGCCACCAGGCGCAUCUUUCUCAUGAGGUGAUUGCCGCUGCUGCUUCGUACGAGGCUGCUAAGGCCUACGAGAAGCACUGCGAGGCGAAUGGCAAGCCUGCCAACCACAAGGAGGCAACUGAGCUCCUUGCCGCCCUGACAGGAGGCUUCAUCGACCGUCUCGUCGAGACGAGAGGUCUCGACUUUAUCGAUAAGGAGAAGGCCAAGCGGGAUGCUCAUCACAGGGCCCAGACCGGCCUGUCGAACGCCGGAGAGUAUUAA